CUUCCACUCAUAAUAUACUAUCAAAAAUUUUUUUUUUUUUCUAGUUUUUUUUGUUCAAUUUUGUUCAAUUUAACAAUGGGUAACGUACUUUCCUUAAUGGAUCAACCAGAUGAUGAAACUUAUGCUCCAAGAUAUCAUAACCCGCAGCAACAUCAAACGCAAUAUCCUCUUUAUACUACGACUACGACAAGACAAUCAUCAGCACCAUAUCAUAAUAUGCUUACAUCAACUGAAGAAGAAAGUACCCGUCAAUCAUAUGAACAAUUAAGAUAUGAAAGACUUAGACGUGAAAGGGUUAAGCGUAAGGAACUAGAAAAAUUUGAAAUUGAACAAGAAGAAUACGCAAAAAAGUUAAGAGAACAAGAGUCUUUAGAAAGACUUAGACUGAAAGACGAAAGAGAAAGACAUAGAACUCAUGAUAUUAAUAACGACAUGUCAUAUCAAUUUAACAAGAAAGAACAAAAUAAGGAUUUUAGAAGUAAUCCAGAUAUAAGACAACAUGUUGAAUAUGAUUCAUACGAUAGGCAAAUUAGAUAUUGACGUACAAGACUUAAAAAGAGUCAGGGGCUUUAUGCCGAUAAUAAUGAUGAUCAAGAUAUCAAUUAAAGGAAUACAUGUCUUGUUCAUUCUUGUUUAAAAAUUUCUGAGAUUUACGAGAUCAUAAUUUUGUAUAAACGAUUAGUCGAUUAUAUUAUAUAUAUAUUAUUAAAGUUAUGUAUAUACUAAAAUUUUUUUGGAAUUGAAUUCUUGAUUUUUCUAACUUCAU